AAAAGGAUCUGCCUUUAGCAACUUCCCCUAAAAAAUUAGUUGGAAACACUGUACGUUACUAGACUAGUCAGGAAAGUCAUUUCAGAGCUGCUGAACAACUUUGAGAUUGAGGAUUGGCCCCUACAGCUGCAAUGGAACAUCUUUUGCAUUGGCUGGGAAUCAGACUCAGGUGUCCUGCAUGGUGGGAAGAUUCUACCACAGUACUAGUAAUGUGCCCAUCUCAAGCCCAAGGCUGUGCAUUUCCAAGCAGGUCUUCUUUCAGACCCAACAUUCAUUAAAUAAAUGGCCAAAAAGGACCUGUAAUAAACCAGCAACCUCAGGAAACCAUUUACCACCUGCUUCAACCGGCUAUGUGAUCUUGAGCUCUUCGCUUAAGCUUGGUGCUGGCAGUGCAGUUUUUUUCUAUCCUUUAUGAUUGUUGCUUGUCAGAAAUGCAUAAGUUGAAUGUGAUGUAAGUUGCUUUAGAAAACCACAUCUGCCAAAUGCAUAAAUGCAAAUGUAAUGAGAUCUUGCAUAAAAGCUAGUGUUCUUGUAUGUCAGACUGUGUAAUGUACCGUACAUCUAAGGAGUUUGCUCGUGUUCGCUCUGGUCAUGUUUUGACAUCCUCAUUGACAUGCAUGACAAAGAACUCUGUCAUGGCUGGAUGAAAGAAUAGAUUUGUAAACCGCUCAUUUUUCAAAGUGAACUUAAGGUAAAUUUUAAGCGUGAUUAUAAAUGUCAAGAGAAAACUACCAAGAUAUUGUACCGACUUUUAUUGUCUCACUCACAGAGUACGUCAUUAAUUGCCAUUCAAACCAAUUCUUGAUUAGACGACCAUCGUAGGAGCAGCGACACAGCAGGAUUAUUUCUGACACUGUCAGAACUUCGUUGGAGGCUAAAAUUCAUCACAAGGCAAUCAAUUGUUCGCUGGUACAUUCCGUGGGGAAGCCGGAGUUGCGCUGACUUGCAUGCACUUUGGAUCAAAAUAUCUGAAUGAACAAAUCUAGUAGGUCAAUAUUCCGGCUUGCAGCGAGAGCUCCGUGCUGGCGGCCCAGCCGCUUUCCCGCUUCAGCCUGGGACGGAAGACCCUGCUGGGGGCUGGCGUGGCCGUCAUGUUGCUCUUGGUGUUGGUGGUCCUCAUUCCUGUUCUGGUUCAUCUGGCAGGCAGCAGUGAAAACGGAGGUCAGUACGAGAUGCUCGGUACUUGCCGAAUGGUCUGCGAUCCAUUCUUGGAAAAAACUGGCACUGUGGCCGGUAUCGGUACGGGCACAGCUAUAACUAAUACACAGUUGGAAGCUGAGGCACUGACUGAUCAUAGCAUGGGACCCCCAUUGCCCACCUACGCCCACAGACCGCUGGGCAAACCUGGCCGCCAAGGAAAACCAGGGCUACCAGGACCUCCGGGACCUCCAGGACCACCUGGAGAGCCAGGUCCUCCAGGACCAAUGGGGCCACCAGGAAAUAAAAACCACACAGAACGACCGGACAUUGCUCUUGGUGGAAGAACAGCUACCGGAAUGGGGUCAGCUGUCUAUACCAUGGGACCACGUGUGGCCUUUUACGCAGGUCUGCGAAACCCACAGGAGGGCUACGAGGUUCUGAGGUUUGAUGACAUAGUUACAAACAUUGGGAAUAACUACGAUGGAUCGACUGGGAAAUUUGUGUGCAAGUUUCCAGGGACGUAUUUCUUCACGUACAAUGUCCUCAUGAGAGGAGGAGAUGGAACCAGUAUGUGGGCGGAUCUUAUGAAAAAUGGACAGGUGAGAGCCAGUGCCAUCGCUCAGGAUCAGGAUCAGAGUUAUGACUACGCCUCAAACACCGUCAUCCUGCACCUCGACCCUGGGGACGAGAUCUUCAUCAAGCUGGAUGGUGGGAAAGCGCAUGGUGGGAACAGCAACAAGUACAGCACUUUCACUGGCUUCAUUCUGUACAGUGACUAGAGGUCAAAAGGUCAUCAAGUUCAGUCUCAGUCUGUAGGUAAGAGAUGUUAGGGGGUCUUCAUUGAUUUAGGUUGUAAAUCUGAUGUUUAUAACACCCCUGACAUGUUUAGGGUAGCUUAUUUUUCUUUGUCAUUUCUCUUUUACCUCUAUGGUUUUGUUUGCUACAGGGUAUUUUCACCUGAAAUUCAACAGCUAUACACUCAUAAGUGAGUCACAGAACACAAAAUAAUUUGUUUAAACGGUCAAAUGAUUCAUUAUGCCCCCUGAAGGGAAUGGCCCUAUAUGUUUUGUUGUAGUAGUCAUGUGGUUUUAAAGCCUGGAUUCAACGAGAACACAACAGGAAGUGGUUUUCGAUUCUUGAAUCUGCCCAAAAACCUUCAACAGACACACAUGAAAUCAACCAGAAUGAGGCUUCAGGGUUUCAUCAGAGUCGUAAUUGAUCGAAAGCCCAGUCAAGUGAGUGCUGAUAUUUCAUUAUGACGUUGUCUUUGUAUGUAUGAUCAAUCUGUGAAUCUGCACUGAUGUUUAUCAGUGUCUCUGACAUAAUGUGAAGUGAAUGACCUUAAAUGAUACCCUAAAUCUUAAUGAGUGUAUGCCCCUGGUUUUGACUGCUGUAAAAUACACUCCCUGAGAGUCUGUUGAAAAUCAUAGUAGUGCAUCUGUUUGUGAUUGCUGUGUGGAUGUGGAAGUACUAACACAAAUAAAGCUAAGCGUUCAUUUCAGCUUAUAGCUAAAGCUAAACCCGUUCAUUGUUGUUUUUACCAAUGAAUUAUGAAGUGUGUGGCUUUCUUAGCUAAUAUUACCAUUAAAAUAAAUCUUAGCCCACUAAAAGUAACCACAUAACAAAGGAGAUAUAUAUAUAUAUAUAAUACAUUGUAACUGUAACGGUGAUACUGGUUUAUGAUGAUGACGACCAAUAUCUUAAAUGAUGUUCUGUAUAUAUCGCAAUAGUCAUGACCUGUAAAAUUUAUCAAAAUAUCUAAAUGUAACAGCUUAUAGAUUUUUGCUUUUGCUAAUAAAUGGGAUUUUUCUAACA